AUGAAUGGUGUAAAGUUGUUUUCGGGCGUUAAAGUUUUAGAACUACCAGGUCUUGCUCCAGUUCCCUUUUGCGGUCAAAUUCUUGCUGAUUAUGGGGCUGAUGUUGUUUACAUUGAAAAAAAAGGUCAAGUAAGGAUGGCUGAAAAUCCUUUUUUAGUAAACAAAAAAGUAAUGUCAUUAGAUUUUAAAGAAGAUUUUGAUAAAUUAAAAAAAUUAUGUAUUGAAAGUGAUAUAAUCUUGGAUCCUUUUCGUCCCGAAGUAAUGGAAAAUAUUGGUUUAAACCCAAUAGAAAUGAUGAAAGAAAAUGAUAAAUUAAUUAUUGCUCGAAUUACCGGAUAUGGACAAUUUGGAAAAUGGAGCAAAGUUCCUGGUCAUGAUAUAAAUUAUGUUGCUAUGUCUGGAAUGUUACCAAUUAUAAAUGGAUAUGGUAGGAAACCAUUUUGGACACCAGCAAAUUUAUUAGGAGACUUUGGAGGUGGUUCCCUUUCAGCAGCAUUUGCUAUUGCGGGGGCAUUGUUUAAUCGUGAAAAAACUGGAAAAGGAUGUGUGAUUGAUGUUUCCAUGACUGAUGGUAUUUCAUAUUUGUCAACAUUCUUAUCAGCUACCAAUGAAAAUGAAGAGUUUUGGGGGCAAGAGUAUUCUGUUUUUAAUGGAAAAUUUCCAUUAUAUCGUACAUAUAAAACACAAGAUGACAAAUACAUAGCAGUAGGGGCACUUGAGCCAAAGUUUAAUGAAAUAUUAUUUAAAACUUUAAACCUUUCACAUUUUUCAUUAAAUGAUGUUAUUGAAAAUCCUAAAGAGGUUGGUAAUAUUUUAGAAAAUAUAUUUUUAUCAAAAACUCGAGAUGAAUGGAGUAAUAUUUUUGAGAAUAAGGAUGCUUGUGUUACUCCAGUAUUAUCAUUAGAUGAAGUUAAAGACCAUCCUUUACACAAAGAACGUAAAACAUUUUAUAAAGAUAUAAAUGGUAAAUCACGAGCUUUUCCUUCACCAAGAAUAUAUUAUAAAGAAAAUUUAAAAAAUUUAAAAAAAGGCAAACUUUAA